AUGCAGGCAUGGGGCUUCGCGGUGGGCGAUGACGUAGCCGCUUCUCAUCCCUUGACAGCGCAACUGAGGAAAUCCCGCCUCCUUCCCAACGUCCAUCACCCCCUCCUGAACUCUAUGGCAACACGGGCCGUGGUCCCUCGCUGGGGAAAAGGAAAAACAGGCCGCCUAGAAAGGCAUUAUACAUGCCAGGAAGUCUCUAUGGUUUCCCUGAAAGGCGCGCUGCGGAAGCGCCUGUUCCUCGUGCUUCCGGUUGAUAUUUGCGGCUGGAGGUGAGCGUUGCUCGUGGUGAAGUAGACAUGCUGUCCAACUGGCGGGAGUGGAUGGGCAGAGCAGCCCAGGCGGGGGGACGAGUGGAGAGGACGGGAGCUGCCGCCUGGGGGCUCUUCGCUCCCUCCGUGUGCGUGUACGAGAGGAGGGGGGUUCACACGGGCUGUGAGGAAUGAGGGCGGUGCGAGGGUCAGGUUGGGAAGCAGUGAGCCGGCGGGAUGGACGUUGCCCGUUUUAAUUUUGAAAAGCAAACAGAGCAGCAGCUCCUGUGCUGUCUUUUUGGGUCCAUAUUCCCACAUUCCCUCACCCCAAGCAGUGGUCUUCUGCAUUCAGGUCAGACAUCCCCUAAUGCAGGGAACCUCUGGCCCUCCAGAUGUUGCUGCACAGUAGCUUCCAUCAUCUCUGGCUAUGGGCUGACUAUCUGAAGGGCUCCCUGUCCCUGCCUUAGUGGGUCAGCAGAGGGUCAGCGUCUGCUCUUGUCACAGCACUGAUCUGUUAGGUGGGGCGCAAACCAGCUCACACUUAUCUGCCCUUUUACUGCCAGGACUGCAGAUGGACCUGACCACUGAAAAACUGAGCAGUGAUCUAAAAUACAGACUAAGUGGCAACCUUGUUGAUAGUGUUUGAGUGUGUGUACUAGAGUCCUUGGGUUCUGAUCCUUUGUGUUCUCCAGCAGUGUCAAGGACAAAUACUUGAAUGUGUGA